AUGAUGGUAUACAGCUGAUAUAUAUAUUUUACUUUAUUUUUUCAUAGUAUAUUUCUUUUAUUAGUGCUAAAAAUAGAAGAAGGAUAGAAUCAAGUAGCUGAGUAUGCCAUUUGUAGCAAUUAUAUCAUCAUAGUCUGAUGUAUCCGGCAUUGUUAUCUAACUUAAUAAAGUUUGUAUUACAUAAAUAAGCUAACUUUAUAUAUACUGUCAAUAUGUGUGAAAUCAAAAUGAAGUUAUUGGUAUUUUUAAAAGUAAUUUGGACUAGCUCUGUAGUAUUUUCAUUGCCCGAAUAUAAUGAGGAAAUACUUGAUACAGAUCAAACAUAUCCACAUAUUUAUACCAACAAAUGGGUUGUUCAUAUUGAAGAUGGACCAGAUAUGGCUCAACAAAUUGUUGAAUCCAAUGGCUUUAUUUUUCAUGGGCCGCUUGGUAGUUUACCACAUUUAUAUCACGUUGAACAUAAAGAUGUUAGUCAACGCAGUCGUAGGUCAGCAGACGAUCAUCACAGUCUCUUGGUUAAACAUCCAAAGGUACUGUGGACACAACAACAAAAAGUUAAAAGUAGACAAAAGCGGGGCUAUUUCUCUGAUCCACUCUUUAGGAACCAGUGGUAUUUAAAAAAUAAUGGUCAAACAUUUGAUCGAUGUCGGUCUUAUGACGGUUAUGAAAAACUUGACAUUAAUGUUUUUCCCUGCUGGAACUCCAACAUAACAGGUGAAGGUGUUGUUGUUUCAAUAUUGGAUGAUGGUUUAGAACAUACACACAAGGAUUUGAAGAAAAACUAUGACAAGAAGGCCAGUUAUGAUUAUAAUAGCAAUGACAAGGAUCCUUUUCCAAGAUAUGAAUCUACGAACAUUAACAAACAUGGAACAAGGUGUGCAGGUGAAGUUGCAGGGGAAGCUAACAAUGGAAUUUGUGGUGUCGGUGUUGCAUAUAAUGCUAAGGUGGGAGGUAUCAGAAUGUUAGAUGGAGAAGUCACUGAUGCUGUUGAAGCUGGCUCACUGAGCUAUGCACCAGAUCAUAUUGAUAUUUACAGUAGUAGCUGGGGGCCUGAUGAUGAUGGAAAAACUGUUGAUGGGCCUGGACCUCUUGCAAAGACAGCUUUUGCUGAUGGUGUCCGAUAUGGGCGUAAGGGUUUGGGUUCUAUAUUUGUGUGGGCAACUGGAAAUGGUGGCCGUAACCAAGAUUAUUGUUCAUGCGAUGGUUACAUCAACUCGCCAUAUACUGUUUCAAUUGGUGCUGUUGAUAACUGUGGUCGAAAGCCAUGGUAUGCGGAACCUUGUCCAAGUACGUUUGCAGUAACGUAUAGUAGCGGGGAAAUGAGUGGAAAGAGAGACAAACAAAUCUCCACAACAGAUUUGCACGGUGGAUGUACAAAUGCUCAUACUGGAACUUCAGCUGCAGCACCUUUAGCAGCUGGGAUCUUCGCACUCGUGUUACAAGCAAAUCCAAAACUGAGUUGGAGAGAUUUACAACAUCUUAUAGUAAAAACAUCCAAAAUGGUGAGUCCUGGAGACCCCAGCUGGCAAACCAACGGAGGAGGUCACAAAGUUAACUCGAAAUUUGGUUUCGGUGCGUUGGAUGCUGGAGAUUUAGUUAAAAUGGCUAGCAGUAAAGAUUGGAAAACUGCUCAACCUCAACAUACGUGUAAGACAUCUGUGUCGAAUACUCAUCUGAAAUUAAAACCUGGUGGGACCGUUUCGACAAGUAUCACUGACAACGCAUGUGCAAAGAGCGAGAAUUGCGUCACCAAACUGGAACAUGUGCAUGUUGUUAUAACUCUUGAAAAACCUACACAGAGAGGUCAGCUUGAAAUCACAUUAACCUCUCCUUCUAAUACACAUUCAGCGAUCUUGCGAAGAAGAGCCCGCGAUACAUCACAUGAGGGAUUCAAACACUGGGCGUUUCUUACCGUUUUUAACUGGGAUGAAGAUCCAAAAGGAAAGUGGACGUUGACAGUUACAGAUUAUUCCAACAGUGGUGGAAAACUGGUUAGUUGGUAUCUUAAGUUUUACGGUACAUGCAGUAUGAGAGAAAUGUUUAAUGUCGAAAUUAACGAGACCGAGAUCUGCGACGAUAAAUGCAAGCGAGGUUGUCCCAACGUGUUUUCAUCAAUAUGUAUGGAUUGUGCGCAAUAUUGUGAUUGCACUGUGGGAGAGUGUGUGCCUACGUGUGCUGAUCAUUUGGUUACAGACAACGAACUUCGUCAUUGCAAACGAACAACAGACAAUUUGAAUUACAGAUACAUUCCUCAUAGCAACCGUGAUUGGAAAUCCAAAUCAAAGCACCAGUCUAUGAUGGGGUUAUCGUUAACAGCUAAAUUUUCCAUCAUCGGAUUGUCCUUGGUUGUUGUGAGCGUGUUGAUAGGCGGCAUAGCUUAUUUCGCGUCAAAAAUGCCACCCAAUAAAAAUCUCCCUAGAGGAUACCAAUCUGUGUCACGCUAUCCUUGUUCAGAUGUGACUGUGGAAGGGGAUGAGACAGAGGAGGUUUUAGAAGCGCCUGUAAACACUGUAAACUCCUAGUUAACCAUUUAUAUAUCAAAAAAUAAGAAAGAAAAGAAAAUCCAUCUGUAGAGCAAAUCGCUGCAGUACGUCUCUCCUUCGAUGGACUACAUGACUUUUUAAUGACAAAGCUUUUCAUAAUUAAGUUCAGUAGGGCGUUACUGACACCACCCCGAAGGAGGGACUCUGAGUUUUUAAUGCUCCUCAAUGCAUAUAUUGCAUUUUUUAUAAUAUGUUGUUGUUGUCACUGAGAUGUGAAUGCAAUAAUUGUUGCGUGAAUUCACAAAUCAUUAAAACAAGACAUGACACUCAUUUUUUGUUUAAACCUUGUGGCGUAGAUGUUAUCGGCCAGAUUUACCCCGACGCUUAAUAGGAUUAAAAUUCGUAAUGCAGGGUCGGUGUAAUAAUGGUCAGUAAGUUGUAUAUUUAUGUCUGCGUCACAACUUUGAAUUGUAAUGUUUUGGAGACUAGUACAUACAUUUAACGUGCAAUGUUUUUGCGAACGAACAUUACAAACUUCGUGGCUGUGUUUUCAAUAAAUCUAAUGAGGAUUUUUUCAUUUAAUAAUUUCCAUUUCUUAGUCCCAUCUUAAAAUCAAUUGUUCUGGAAUUUGUUUCAACUUCAAAUUGUCAUAAUGGCGAUAUGACAAAUUGAAGUUUGAAACUGGUAUUCUUUUAUUAUUUAGUAUUUUUUUUUUGCAAAGUACAUUAACUGCGGUAAAUUUUAAGAUGUAUUUAUAUUUCACAAAAAACUAUUCAAAAAUUUAGUUGUUUCAAAACUUCAUUUUCCGGUUCAGUGUAGUUUGUUAUAAAAGUUACUUUCAUAUUUUGUUCAGCUUUAAUUACUCGACCCUAUAAAAUAUUUUUUUGAAUUUGAUGUACUUUGCAAAGAAUGUGUUUUGGUUCUUAUUUGCAAACCAAAAAUCUCUUGUGGAAUUCACCUAUGAUAUAUUUAUAUGUAUAUAUAUAAACUUGUUGUCUCGAUUAUACAAAUUAGCAGAUUUCUAGAUACGCAAAUAGUAUUUCUGGAUGUUAUUUUUGUACGUGUUUUUUAUCUGUUAUAGUUCUUUGUUCGUUAUCGUUGCUAUUAGCCAUAAACCGCUAGCUGGAAAUUUGACUGCUUUGUCCAGGGUUCCCACACGCCUAAAAAAUGAAAAUAAAGAACUGCAAAGAAAUCCUAAAAUUUCCUGAUUUUUGUGAAAACUCUUUAAAAUCGAAAUUUUUAUAAUGGAUUUUUUUUAAACAUCAAUCCAAUUUGUCUCCCUUGUUCAAUUCCUUUGCAACCUUGAUUCUUUUGAUUCUGAGUUACACUUUCACUAAUUUAAAUUCUCUGAAAUGUUUGCAUGUGCUUUUCCUGCCAAUUGAUAUCUGUCUAAAAAAAACCCAGCUAAAAUCCACUUAAACACCCUAAAAAAACCCAGCUGAAGUGAGUAGGAACCCUUUUGUCAUUUCGCAACCUUGGUCAUGCACAUAACAUAUCGUUCUUGUGCUUGGAUGGAUGAUCAUAGAGUGCCUAAUUGACAAAAAAACUUCUGUUUACUUGCUAUUUGCGCAAGUUUAACUAAUUUUUCGUACACUAUAUUUGUUAGUGGAAUUGUAUUUAAAAAGACUGUAACGUUGUAUUUCAUUCGAUUUUUUUUGUGAACAUUUUAUAUGGAAAAUGUAAUCAUACAAUAA